CACGCGACGAGCUCACCUGUUGCUUGCAACGAAGCCCCUUUACUUUGGUAUUAUCGGACUGAAAGACUGCCAGGUUAUAUGGGAUUCUGCCGUAGAUGUGGUGAUAUAGUCUCUGGUCAGCGGUGUAAGUGCGGAGGUACAGCCGUAGCCGCGACCGUGCAAUGGAAUCAACUUGGAGCGAAUGAGGAUGAUCGAUGGUCUAAGACAUACGUCGCCAAAGAGACGCCCCCCGUGCGUCCAGCUCCGCCGACGUCUACUAUCCAGCCUACACACACCGGAGGCGGGUCCAGUCGUUUCCCGAAACCCAAGUCCAAAUCGACAAGUGUACCAUUAAGCUCGCGUGUAGCAGAUCAUAUUGCGACGGCUACCACGUCAAGACCCCCUUCCCCACUCAAGCGCUCAACUACACUAGAGGAUUCUCCUUCCUUUUCUGCGGCUGAGGAAGGCAUUCUCCAGUGUCCCGACACUGGCGGACUGUCCAAGGCAUACGGCUCGGUAUUGCAGCCCAAGGAAACCUUGGCCCAAUUUGCGUGUCAUAUCUGUUCUACACCGUUCCCACCAGAUGCCACUAUAUACCCCGAUCCUUCGUCUCCAACCAUCGGUGCAGGCACUCGAUUCUUGUGCCGCCCAUGCUUCACGGUGAAUGGCGGAUCUAAAGGAGACUGCGCCGCAUGCGGGCGUGCUGUCCUCAUACUGAAAAGUGAAGGGGGCUUCGUCGAGAAUUCUGGACGUCUCUGGCACAAGCGUUGCUUCCGCUGUGAGGGGUGUUUCAAGAAUAUCGGGGACAGACCUAUGGUGGACCUACUGGGUCGUCCUUCGUGUGCUGACUGCUUUGACAGUUGUCUCAAGAGAGCCAACAAAGGCAGUCCGCAGAGGUUCCCUCGAGAAUCUGAUAGUCCUGGCGACAAGCGAAACAAUCUGGGCGGUACAUUUGGUGCAAAGAGUAGAGAGGGUAGCCCCGCUCUCGAGGAACUGGAGCAGAGAUUAGGCAUUCUAAGGAGUCGGGAGAGCAGUCCCGCGGUUGAAGAACGACCGAGGACGCAGAGCAUCGGUGCUAAAAGUCCGUUAUGCCGUGACUCGCCUGGUCUGCUCUCGUCGCGGUACUCGACCAGUAUCCGAGAAUGUAGUCCUCUCUUGGAUCGCGCUGGACUGAAGACAUUCUCUGACCUUGAUGGAACUGAAUCUGAACUCAGCACACCUUCCCAGCCUUUACAGCGCAGGUUCAAGACUCCGGAGCCUCAAGCCAGAUACUCGACUCCCACUCGCAGCCGCACCAGUAGUCCUGCGUCUUCCAAACCAACUGCAGAAGCAAUUGAGGAAAUGAAGAACAGGUUCCUACGCACGUCUCUUUCUUCGCCGCAGACUCCAGGAUUGAAUGAUUCCACCUCAUCAACCGUCAAGCUAUCAAGUUCUCCACCAUCUGGAGGGCUUGGAGAAGAGUCGCCCACUUUAAGGCGGCACUCGUCUCGGUUACCGAGAGCGUCUGGGAGCCUGAGGACUAGAUUAUCCUCAUCUUCCUUGACGAGAGACAGGGAGAAGGACGCCGAGGGGGUGGUCAUACCCCGCACACCGGACCUGAUGUCCGACAACUCAGACGACGUGACUAGUGUUCGAUCCAGUGGGCCUUGUACACCGCCCUCGCUGAGUCCUCCCCUUAGCCGCGAUGACCUUUUCACUCCCAAGUCAGGCCUGAACGACGGUAUCACCACUACCCGGACUCCUGAAUUGAAGUCAUCGCCUGCUCCUGUCACUAUACCAACGUUCAUACCUUCCACAGCUAAAUGCGCGAAGUGUAAACUAUCGCUGUUCGAUACCCAUGGUGGCAAAUAUGUGACCGUGCCUGAAGAACCGAGCUCCACAGGGAUACCACCGAAGACGUAUCAUACUGAUUGUUUCACGUGCAAGAUAUGCGGCGGCCCAUUCCAGGAGAAGGACGGUGGACAGGCCGUCUUCGUCCGUGCUCAAGGCGGCGCUUGCCAUGUUGACUGCGCACCUCCAGAGAAGGUCACUGUCAAGACUAUGUCUAGUAGGAUCCCGACCAGCUCGGCCUCUGCAUCGAGAGCUACUACCGCUACGUACACUGUGCCUACGAAAUUCGACCGUCCUCCAACAACAGCUCCCGCUUCUACUGUCGCUUUUCCCCGCUGGGGAAGUACUAGCGCGUGUCCCGGAUGCCAGAAGUGUGUUUCACCCAUGGAGAAGGGGGUGGUCCCCGGGCCGCAGGGGUCACGUUGGCACGCUACAUGUCUGGUUUGUGGCGGGAAGGACGUGAAGAGGCGUAGCGUAAGACAGGAAGACCGCAAGCCCGGCUGUGGCAAGCGCCUUGACAGUGCUGCGAAGACUGACGGCGACGGUGGAGUAUGGUGUAGAGAAUGUCUGCUGUUGCUACCUUCGCCACUGCGAUCUCCCGACUCCCCAACGCGAUCACCCCUAGUUUCCCAACCCACGGGCUCAUUCUGGUCAGGUCGUAGUAUCGUCCCGCAGACUACGGGAACGACAACCCUGGCGCGACAGUUCACAGGACUAUCGGGCGGUGGAGACGCUGCCCUUACGCGGCAACUCACUGGCGGGGGCCUAAGCCCGACGAGGCAGCUGUCGUCCAGCCCGACCAAGCAACUGGGUGCGGCGACGUCGGGCAAGUUCCCGAGGCCGAAGAGUGUCAUAGGGCUGCGGACUGCGAAGAGUGUUGAUGAAGGGCGAGGCAUGUUUUUGGUGCGGCAGAUGACUGGAGGCAGAAUGUGAGGAUUUUCUGGUAUGGAUGUUUUCCUUGGACUUGCUAUCGACGAAAUGAAUUGUGUAACCGUAUGUUGUGUGGAAGACUCUCGGUGUCUAUACGAUUUGAUGACGUAAUGUGAUGUUGUUGGUUGCCACCAAGGCCCUGAUCUUCG